AUGCCAAGCUAUGUGAAAUUCAUGAAAGAAAUCUUGUCCAAGAAGAGGAAAAUGGAGGACUAUGAAACAGUGGCAUUGACCGAGGGGUGUAGUGCGAUAUUACAGAAGAAAGUCCCUCCUAAACUCAGAGAUCUUGGGAGUUUCACCAUACCUUGUACCAUCGGGAGAAUAGAGGGGAUAAAUGCACUGUGUGUUUUGGGAGCAAGCAUCAAUUUGAUGCCUUUGUCAGUUUUUAAAAGAUUGCAUUUGGGAGAAGCGAAGCCUACUACAGUAACCUUGCAAUUGGCUGAUCGGUCGUUGGCUCAUCCAAGAGGGGUCAUCGAAGAUGUUCUAGUCAAAGUGGAUAAAUUUAUCUUCCCAAUAGAUUUUAUAGUUCUCGACAUGGAAGAAGAUAACAAUGUUCCAAUUAUUCUUAGGAGACCAUUCUUGGCAACAGGCCAAGCUUUGAUUGAUGUUCAGAAGGGCGAAUUGAAGCUGAGGGUGCAAGGGGACGAAGUGUUCUUUAAUGUUCUUAAGGCGAUGACUUUUUCUAAGGCAAAUGACAACUGUUUCUUUGUGGAUCUCGUAGACACCAUAGUGGAAAAGAGAAAGCUAAUGGAAGAUUCAUUAGAAGUGAGUUUGACUGAAGAAGAUCUAAAUGAGCAAGAUGGAACUGAGGCGCUGGAAUACGUAAAAUGA